AUGGAGCAAGAUCGGAGGCUUGAGCUCAUCGACCUCGCUAUUCAGAAACAUAUACACGACAAUUAUCAUAACCUUAAAGACCACGAAACUCAAUACCAACAAACUCUCUCCCAACUACUCUCUGCCUCUCAGGAGUUGGAAUUGUCUAAAACUUUGGAUGUUUCUAGUCCUUCGAAGCCUGUGGCUUCUGUAAUUGAGGAAAAAGAAAGUGAAAUUGUGGAUGGUGGAGAUUGCAAGGAAAAGGAAAAGGAAGAUGAUGAGUUAGUCAAAGAGGUGAAAAGUGUGAAAAGGCAGAAUUUUGUUACUCAUUGUCUUCUUUCAGUGAUGAUUGUCCUCACUGUGGCUUGGCAGUUAUCAGAAGUGUCACUUAUUAUGAAAGUGAAGGAUGGAAUAAACCACCCAUUUAGAUCCUUUGGGAAUAUGUUCAAUGAGAUGAGAGAGAAAGCCUUUGACAUGAACGGCCACGAUGCUGAUGACAAAGAAAACAAUAAAUCUCUGCCUCUUCCUUCUACUGUUGUUAAGGUUCAAGAUAUGAUUAAAAUGGAUGUACCAAAUUUAGGAGAGGAAUGA